AUGAUAUCCAUGCCUCCAGUUAUGAAUGAUCAGCCCAGGAAUAGCUCAAAGCAGUCCUUCAGUUGGCUCUCCUCCGCCAGUAGCAACUCCUCAGUCACCACCUCUGAUCUACCCGAGGAAAUAGUCAAUCCCUGGGACAUCGCCCUUUGUGUGGUGGGCACUGUGAUCUCUUGCGAGAACGCCAUCGUGGUGGCUGUCAUCUUCUAUUCGCCGACUCUCAGAGCUCCGAUGUUUAUCCUGAUUGGAAGUUUAGCCCUGGCUGACCUCCUCGGAGGACUGGGCUUGAUCCUCAAUUUUAUCUUCCUUUACUUGCUAAACUUCGAAGCCGCGAAACUAGUCUCGGCCGCGCUCCUGAUUGCUUCCUUUUCGGCUUCGGUCUGCAACCUGCUUGCCAUCACCAUAGACCGUUACCUGUCACUGUAUAACGCCCUGACAUACCACACCGAGAGAACCAUGACUUUCACCUACUUGAUGCUCCUGGUUGUGUGGGUCACCUGCCUGAGCCUGGGCUCCCUGCCAGUCGCGGGCUGGAACUGCCUGGAAGACGAGACCACCUGUAGUGUGAUCAAACCCAUCACCAAAAACAAUGCCGCAGUCCUUUCCGUCUCCUUUUUGCUCAUAUUCGCUUUGAUGUUGCAACUGUACGUUCAAAUCUGCAAAAUAGCCUUCAGGCACGCGCAGCAAAUCGCCGUGCAGUACCAUUUUGUGGCGACCUCCAACACCUCGACCAGGAAAGGAAUCUCCACUUUAUCUAUCAUCCUGGGGACCUUCGCCGCUUGUUGGAUCCCCUUCGCGAUCUACUGUCUGGUUGCAGACUCCACUUAUCCAUUGAUCUACACCUAUGUCACGGUUUUACCAGCCACCUGUAAUUCAGUCAUUAAUCCUAUAAUUUAUGCAUACCGGAACCCUGAUAUCCAAAAAUCGCUCUGGGUGGCUUGUUGUGGUUGUAUUCCAUCCAAUUUCUCAUUCAGACCAAGGUCGUCCAGUGACGUAUAG